AUGUCUGUAGAACAGCAUGUGAAUGGUUUGAUCGCAAGUUUUUUGAAAGAGAAUAUUUCUGAACCAAGCAAGCAAUGGUUGCUCGACAUCAGACAGUCUGUUGAUGUAGAAUGCAUGUGUGUGUUGCAAGCUCACAUAAUGAAGUUCCAAACUGAUUCAUGCAGCUUGAUGGAGAAGUUGAGGACAGCUCUUAUAAGAGAUAAAUACACGAAAAAACAGAAGAUCUUAAUUGAACUGGUUAAGUUAGAAACUACAUUAGGGACCUUGCACGGAAAUAUCAUGCAAAUCCUUCUCCAGACAUUUUUAAAUGGAGGUUUUGAAUUUUUGAGAAAACUCUCUACAUUCACAAAGAAUCAACAUUUACUAGAGAAAAAGAAUGCUACUUACAUUAAAAAGGCCAAAACUUUUUUCUCAGACCUAAUAUCUAUCUGUUUGUUGUCAGACGACGUUACAGAAAUCAUUGUUCAGGAAAAAACCGUGGAGAACUUGUUAGAACUGUGUCAUACGUGUUCAGUUGAUAUUGAUAGACAUGGUGUUAUCUACAAAAAUUAUUCCGGGCCGCUGAGAAGUGUCCUAGCCGAAUUAUUGAGAUCCCUCUCCACAAUUUGUUCACUGGUCAGUGGCGUUGACUCUUUCAUAAAGAGCAAUGGAUAUGAAAUAAUGACCAAUCUCCUGAUGAACCCGUGCUCUAACCACAGAACAAAAAUAGAAAUUGCAGGCGUCGUUGCUCAGGCAAGCACACCCACCUUAUUUAUAUGCCAACAAAUGGAAAGCUAUAUUGAAUGCAUUCCUCAUAUAAUCAAGGCUCUAAUUGAAGGAGCAUCUCAUAUAUUGAUUGUGUCAAAGAACUUUCAAUUGGAACGUGAUCUGCCGUCUGAAACAAUGCACUUGUGCAGUUGA